AUGAGUGAGAUCCAGAACCUUAUAUUUGAACGAGAAAGUGAAGAUUCUGGUGAUGAUCUACGCAAAUCAUCAGAGCAACGACUGCUAACUUCAUCUUUAAAGUCUGACAAUGUUCCAUUGUUAAAUCACGAAAAUGUGAUGGUUUAUAUUAAUGGCGACGGCAAUUACUUGGUUAAUACUUUCGCUGUUCAUUCUAAUGAAAAUCAUCAAAAUAAUGACAGAAUUGGUCAUCAUGGUAUACAAAACCCAAAUUCUAGGAAUCAUAGUGAUCUAUUGGACAAGAAUCCCGAAGUAAUCGAUUUAACAAAAGACGAUGACGCCGAUAAGGAUAACUCAUCCUUAAUCGAUUUGGCAAAAACAAGAGAUAAAGAUGAUACAGAAGAUAGCUUUCGUCGACAAACAAUAAACUUCUCUCAAAGUAGUCCGAUUUUCAACAAUUAUCGAGACUUACAUUUCUAUCGAAAAACAUUUGCUCUUCGUCAAGAUAGCCCAAGAUUCAACUUGAAUUUUAUUUAUAUUAGGGAUCCUUUUUUCGACGCAUCAUCACUUCCACACAUCAUGGAUGAAAACUGGCACACUCGAGAUAAAAAAGAAUAUACAAUUCGUGGCAGAACGAUUUGGGCAUUAGCAAUGACCGACAUAAUUUAUCACACUCUUCCAUACGCGUACCCGGCAACGAUCCAUGCUAUGUUUUACAAUGUGAUGAAACCAGAAAUAUUCGAUGAACUAUGGAGAACAAACUCGCACCCCGGAGAUUUUUGGAUGUUCAAUUUUGCUUAUUAUCGGGAAGUCGGGGUGGACCGUCUAAUCUAUUAUCUAAAGUGUUUGCUGCAACCUAUCGCGAACAAAUUACUCAUAUUAAGGGAAAUAGGCGUCGUUGAUCGUAGAUUGGCUGUCACACGGUAUUUUUGGAAUAUCUAG